AUGAGCAGCGUCACUCGCACCAGCACCAGCGAGAGCAGCAGCACUUCUGUGACCAGCACUAGCGAGACCAGCACCACGACUUUGACCAGCACGACUGGGAGCAGCACCACUCGCACCAGCACCAGCGAGAGCAGCAGCACCAGUGUGACUAGCACGUCGGUGAGCAGCACAAGUGCAACCAGCACCACUAGCCAAACCAGCUCGACCGGCACGAGCAGCACCACGCACACAAGUAGCAGCGGGACCAGCAGCACCACUCUCACCAGCUCUAGCACGACAGGCAGCAGCACUAGCGAAAGCAGCAGCACCAGUGUGACCAGCACGAGCGGGACCAGCAGCACUACACUGACCAGCAUUAGCGAAACCAGCUCCACGACGCUGACCAGCACAACUGGGACCAGCAUCUCACGCACCAGUACCAGCGAGAGCAGCAGCACAAGUGUGACUAGCACGUCAGCGAGCAGCUUCAGUCAGCACAAGUGCAACCAGCACCAUUAG